AUGACAAUUCCAAGUUUAAGUCAAUCUAAUCUCUUUAAACCACUUCAAGUGGGUAAUGUCACUUUAAAUCAAAGAAUUGCUCAUUUACCAACCACAAGAUUCAGAGCUUCAUCAGAACAUAUUCCAACUGAUUUAUUAUUGAAAUAUUAUACUGAUCGAUCAAUUACUCCCGGAACUUUGUUAAUCACUGAAGCUACAUUAGCAUCGGAAAAAGUUGGUUUAUAUGCUAAUGUCCCUGGAAUUUGGAAUGAACAACAAGCUCAAGCCUGGAAAAAAGUUAAUGAUUCCAUUCAUGAAGCUGGAAGUUUUGUUUCUCUUCAAUUAUGGGCAUUAGGUAGAGCUGGUAAUCCUAAAUUAUUAAAGGAAAAAGGAUUAGAUUUCGUAGCACCAUCCCCUAUUUAUCAUACUCCGGAAUCUCAAACUCAAGCUGAAGAAGUUGGUAAUCCAAUUCGGGAAAUCACGUUAGAUGAGAUUCAUGAUCUUAUUUAUAAUCAAUAUCCUAAUGCUAUUAAGAAUGCCAUUGCAGCUGGAUUCGACAUUAUUGAAUUCCAUUCCGCUAAUGGAUAUUUAUUAGAACAAUUCAUUGAUCCAUCUUCAAAUCAUAGAACUGAUAAAUAUGGUGGAUCAAUUGAAAAUAGAACUAGAAUCGUGUUAGAAAUCAUUGAUAAUUUAAUCGAACAAGGCAUUGAUGCUAAGAAAUUAGCCAUUAGAUUAUCCCCAUUUAGAAAUGUUAGAGGUCAUUUAGGUGAAAAGGAAUCAGUUCAUCCUAUUGCAACUUAUGGAUACUUAGUAUCUGAAUUACAACAAAGAGCCAACAAAGGUCAUGCAUUGUCGUAUAUCUCUGUGAUUGAAAAUGCUGCUGAAUAUGGUAUUGCAACUACUGAUUUCAUUAGUCAAAUUUGGAAAGGACCUAUCGUAAGAGCUGCUGCUUAUUCCCUUGCCAAUGAUUUCAGUCAACUUGUCAAAGAUGUUGAUGUUGAUGAUCGUACUAUCAUUGGAUUCGGAAGAUAUUUCAUUUCCAAUCCAGAUUUGGUAGAUAGAUUGAAACAUGGUUAUGAAUUAACUCCAUUUGAAGCCCCUAACUUUUACACAAACAGUAAUUUAGGUUAUAAUACUUAUCCGUUUUAUAAUAAAACGUUAGAAUAUGAUGAAGAGACUGAAAAGGCCCAUUCUGGUAAACCAUUAGCUUGA